UCACGUGCCUUCGAUUUGUGAAGCAAGAUGGCGGCCUCGUCCCAUUUCUUGUUAUUGUGCGUUUUUAUUUCACUUUUAGUGUGUUCUUACACGGACUCAAUCUUUUCAGUUCCUGUUUUUAUAUGGUCUAGAAAUAGUGAAGUAAAUACUGCUGAUCCAGUGCUAGCAGGACACACAAUAAAAGGAAGAGAUUUCCAAGAGAAAUACUUAAAUAAACUAUUCCACACACCUCAAAUUGUUGGUGUGUUUCUUCAGGACAGGCUGAGCAUAGAUGAUAUAAGUCACUAUGGUGAUGCAUACAGCCCUGGAAACCAUGGAGCUGCUUUUUCCAAUCUUCUAGCUGCUAUGGAAACUGCCAACUCAUCAGCUGUUCUUCCAUCAGUAGAAGUGUCAUCAUCUUCUGGUGGAAAGUCUGAUGAACUAGUACAGCUGAUCAGGAGGUUGGCUAAUGGCUUGGUCAAGGAGUUUAACCCAGAUGAAUCUGACAAGUUUGAUAUUUCCAAGUUUUCAUUGGACCGGGAAAAGACUAAUGUAUUUAUAUUCCAUUUGCUUCCAGCUUCUUCAAGCACCCCUGCAGAGAUUUUCACACAAAAUGACAAGUUGGUUGGUUCAGUAAUUCAUCAAAUCUCAUCAACUGGUUUGCCAUAUUCUUGUAUGUUGACUGCAGCAGCCCCUAGUGAGGCCAUUUAUGAAAGAAAGCUGUCAGAGGAAAGGUCUGCCAUGGCUCACGACCGACUGCGCCGAGCACUAGAAGAAAAUAACUCUGCUGUAGAUGCCAAUGCCCUUCCCGUUAAUGGCAGUUUGUUUGCUAGCAGUGACUGCAUCUUACUAUACUCCAAGGGGUUUACCUUUGAAACGAAUAAUGUGUCUUUUGAUGUCUUGAAUGAUACAAAAAUGACAUAUACUGUUUCUUCAGAGUGUCAAAAUACUUCUGACAGGUAUGUCUGCAAUUACUGUACGUUGAUAUUUUGGGAGGAUAUACAAAUUAUGCAUAGAACUAUUCCUCUGGCUGCAAGGGAGGAAACUGGCACCAACUAUCUAUCUAUCUAUCUCUAUCUAUCUGUUUUUCCCAUGAACCAAUUGCUUACAUUCAAGGCCAUUUAUGAAAGAAAGCUGUCAGAGGAAAGGUCUGCCAUGGCUCACGACCGACUGCGCCGAGCACUAGAAGAAAAUAACUCUGCUGUAGAUGCCAAUGCCCUUCCCGUUAAUGGCAGUUUGUUUGCUAGCAGUGACUGCAUCUUACUAUACUCCAAGGGGUUUACCUUUGAAACGAAUAAUGUGUCUUUUGAUGUCUUGAAUGAUACAAAAAUGACAUAUACUGUUUCUUCAGAGUGUCAAAAUACUUCUGACAGCAUUUUAAUUAGCUUCAAGGGACCACAGAUUAAAAAAUUAGACCUCAGUUUUUCCUUCAACGCCAAUGAUUCAGACGGUGACUGGACCUGUACGGAGGCCAGCUUGGACAUUGAUGGAGAAUUUGGAGGGGAAACAAUGGCAAGAAAGUUUUCAUACAACUGCAGUGACACACUGGAAGGUCCAACAGAGUAUUCGUACAGUUGCAUCAAUGUAACCUUCAAGACUAAUGGUAGUUNUGGUGAUAGUUCUAAUGCUAGUAGAUUUAGUGUUUAUCAUGUGCUCAGUGCUUCCUCGCUGACAAGAGUUGCCCAUUUCUUGCAGGUCCAACCUUUCAAUGUCAAUAAUGGUACCUUUGAGUAUGCGUACGAUUGUGUGGGUUUCUUUACCAUUCCCAUCUUUAUGGGUCUAAUCACAGCUGGGAUUCUCAUACUCAUCCUGUUUACUGGUGUGCUUGCCAUGUUCAGCCUGACAACUAUGGAUAGGUUUGAUGAUCCUAAAGGACCUGCCAUCCACGUCCCAACUGGUUAAACCAGUUAAACAAGAAUAAGCCCUCUUGGUGGGCCUGGGGCUAGUGUGUAUUACUCUUCAAUAGGCCAUGUGCGAUAUAAUCAAAAUUCUAACAUGGCUCUAAGGCUUUCUGGACAAAACUGUAAAUUUGGUAAAUUCCUUUUGUCCCU